AUGACUGUCACUAAACCACCACCACCACUAUUCCUGCACUCUCACAUCACUGUCACUAAACCAUCACCACCAUUCCUGCACUUGCACAUCACUGUCACUAAACCACCACCACUAUUCCUGCACUCGUACAUCACUGUCACUAAACCACCACCACCACUAUUCCUGCACUCUCACAUCACUGUCACUGAACCACCACCUUUAUUCCUGCACUCACAUCACUGUCACUAUACCACACCACUAUUCCUGCACUCUCACAUCAUUGUCACUAUACCACCACCACUAUUGCUGCACUCUUACAUCAUUGUCACUAAACCACCACCACUAUUCCUGCACUCGUACAUCACUGUCACUGUACCACCACCACUAUUCUUGCACUCACAUCACUGUCACUAA